AGAGAGAAGUUAGGGACUUUGUGAGUUUGUGUUGAUACAUGUAAGGACACAGAAGCGCCAGAGAGAGACUCCGAGAUGCGGCGAAAGCAGAAGAGACUGCUGCAGAUCGCGCUGCUGCUGCUGUUGGUCUUUCUGUUCCUGCCGAGCGUCGGCUUGUGGUCCGCGUCUCUCGAGCGAAUGAUUGACAGCUCCGCGGACGCCGGCGCACUCUCGCGCGCACAGCAAUUAAACAGACACCAAGUGCAGAAAGACGGCAGUCGGAGAAAGGACUGGCAUGACUAUGCACUGAUGAAGAGCGAAGCGGCACGUUCAGGUGUCGGCGAGCAGGGCAGGCCGUAUCCACUGACCGACUCGGACCGUGUGGACCAGGCCUACAGGGAGAAUGGAUUCAACAUAUUUGUCAGCAAUCGCAUCGCCCUCAACAGAUCCCUGCCUGACAUCAGACACCCGAACUGUAAGACGAAGCUGUACACAGAAGAUCUUCCUAACACCAGCAUCAUCAUCCCCUUCCAUAAUGAGGGCUGGUCGUCUCUGCUGCGCACCGUUCACAGCGUCCUGAACCGCUCGCCGCCACAGCUCAUCGCCGAGAUCAUCCUCGUGGACGACUUCAGCGACAAAGAGCAUCUGAAGGCUCCUCUGGAGGAGUACAUGGUGCGGCUGCCGAAGGUUCGAAUCCUGCGCACGAAGCAGCGUGAGGGUCUGAUCCGGACCAGACUGCUGGGCGCUGCGGCUGCGAGGGGUCAGGUCAUCACGUUCCUGGACUCACACUGCGAGGCCAACGUCAACUGGCUGCCGCCGUUACUGGAUCGCAUCGCAGAGAACCGGAAGACGAUCGUGUGUCCAAUGAUCGAUGUGAUCGACCACGAUAACUUCGGCUACGAGACGCAGUCCGGCGAUGCGAUGCGAGGGGCUUUCGACUGGGAGAUGUUCUACAAACGCAUCCCUAUCCCAGAUCAGCUGCAGAAACCAGACCCCAGCGACCCGUUUGAGUCUCCGGUGAUGGCAGGAGGUCUCUUUGCUGUGGACAGGAAGUGGUUCUGGGAGCUGGGAGGAUAUGACACGGGUCUGGAGAUCUGGGGAGGAGAGCAGUACGAGAUCUCCUUCAAGGUCUGGAUGUGUGGCGGCCGUAUGGAGGACAUUCCCUGCUCUCGAGUCGGUCACAUCUAUAGGAAAUACAUGCCCUAUAAAGUGCCGGGCGGAGUGAGUCUCCCCAGGAAUCUGAAGCGCGUGGCCGAGGUGUGGAUGGACGAGUACGCAGAGUUUAUCUACCAGCGGCGGCCAGAGUACCGGCACCUGUCCGCCGGAGAUGUGUCCGCACAGAAGGAGCUCAGGAGCCGGCUGAACUGCAGGAGCUUCAAGUGGUUUAUGACAGAGGUGGCCUGGGAUCUGCCCGAUCACUAUCCUCCGGUGGAGCCUCCGGCCGCGGCAUGGGGAGAGCUGCGUAAUGUGGGCUCUGGGCUCUGCAUGGAGAGCAAACACUUCUCCUCUGGCUCCCCGAUCCGUCUGGAGAAGUGUCUGAAGAAACGUGGCGAGCCGGCCAGGAGCCACGGUCAGGUCUUCACGUUCGGUUGGAGAGAAGACAUACGAGUGGGAGACCCGCUGCACACUAAGAAGGUCUGCUUCGACGCCGUGUCACACAACAGCCCUGUGACUCUGUACGACUGCCACGGGAUGAAGGGGAACCAGCUGUGGGCCUACAGGAAGGAUAAGAGCCUCUAUCACCCCAUCAGUAACAGCUGUGUUGACUCUGAUGCUGCACAGAAGCGGAUCUUCAUGAACUCCUGUGAUUCCUCGUCUCUCAGCCAGCAGUGGCUCUUCCAGAACACCAACUCCACGCUCUUGGACUCCUUCAACAGCCAUCACUAGUGAAGACUCCUGUGCCUUUACUGAACUGAUCUGACUCUGAACCGCUGGAACCGCUGAGCCCCGUCCUUCUGUCCACACUCCCUUCAUCAUCAUCAUCAUCAUCAUCAUCAUCACCCCGCUGGCGUCACUCAGCAGCGGUCUUUGACUCCGACUCUCCAGACUUUGCUGUGUGUCUGAGGAGAAUCUCAAAGAUGUCACGAGAUGAGUUCAGUCCUGACUCUUGUGAGCCGUCGAUGCCUCACAAACUCUGUUCCUCGUAAACACUGCAGCGUUAUUUAUUUGGCUGCUUCAUUCCAUCACGACGACGAAACAGCAGUCUUGACUGAGUGCUGUCUUUUUAAAACUUGAUCCAGCUUCUCUGUUGUCUUAACAAAUAGAAACGUCUUUGGUCUUUUUAGAGGACAUAAUAUUUUAAUACAAAGACUUCAGGUGGAUAUAUGUUGACUGUUGGCUAAAAUCAUGUCAUCAUUCAGAAGCUGUUCUGUGUUGUUCAGUGUUGUACUGCAGUGU